AUGUCCAAAACGAGAAGGCUGCAAGAAACAACAGUAACAGCAUCGACAGCCGGAGCAACUCAAGCAGUCGCAGUGGUAGGCAAAACAGCUCAAGGGACAGCAGCGACAGCCGGGGCAGCACAAGCAGCUGCAGCCGUAGCCGGAACAGCUCAAGCACCACCAGCAACAGUUCAAGCAGCGAAAACCGGGGCAGCGAAAGCAACCGCAGUGGUAGACGGAACAGUUCAAGCAACAGCAGCGACAACCGAAACAGUUCAAGCAGCACAGCGCCCGCCGAAGCAGCUCAAGCAGCGGCAUCUGUAUGGUUUUAAUCUUUUUUUUAACUUUCUUAUCUAUCUAUUUCUCUCUCUCUCUCUCUCUCUCUCUCUCUCUCUCUCUCUCUCUCUAUCUAUCUAUCUAUCUAUCUAUCUUAUGUUUUCAUCUCGAACUAUCCUUUUCCCUUUCAAUCUAUCUAUCUAUCUAUCUAUCUAUCUAUCUAUCUAUCUAUAUCACUAUAAUCAUAUCUAUCUAUCUCAGUUAUAUUCAUAUCUAAGUAUAAUCAUAUCUAUCUAUCUAUCUAUCUAUCUAUAUCUAUCUAUCUAUCUAUCUAACCAUAAAUCUCAUAUAAUUAUAUCUAUCGAUAUUAAUGUAAUAAUAUCUAUCUAUCUAUCUAUCUAUCUAUCUAUCUAUCUAUCUAAACAUAUUAUAUCUAUUUAUCUAGCAAUCUGUCUACCUAUCGAUAAUAUCUAUCUAUCCAUCUAUCUCCGUAUAAAUAUAUCUAUCCUAUUCUUCUUCUUCUUCUUCUUCUUCUUCUUCUUCUUCUUUUUCUUCUUCUUCUUCUUCUUCUUCUUCUUUGCUCUUCUUCUUCGCCCUUCUUCUUCUUCUUUUUCUUCUUCUUCUUCUACUACUUCUUCUUCGCCCUUCUUCUUCUUCUUCUUCGCCCUUCUUCUUCUUCUUUUUCUUCUCCUUCUUAUUCUUCGCCCUCUUCUUCUUCUUCUUCUUCUUUGCCCUUCUUCUUCGCCCUUCUUCUUCUUUUUCUUCUUCUUCUUCUUCUUUGCCCUUCUUCUUCGCCCUUCUUCUUCUUCUUUUUCUUCUUCUUCUUCGCUCUUCUUCUUCUUCUUCUCCUCCUCCUCCUCCCCCUUCUUCUUCUUCUUCUUCUUCUUCGCUCCUCUUCUUCUUAUUCGCCCCUCUUCUUCUACAUGCAUUGGCUCUUCACAUCUCCAUUAUUUUGAUACAUCCUUUUUACUUUCUUUAUUUUUGUCAUGUUCUUUAUUUUUCUUUUCACACUUUCUUUCUCAUCUUCUUUUUAAUAGUUUUUUUCCUGCUUCCGUUUCCUUUUAUCCUACUUCCUCUUCCUUUUUCCGCUUCGCGUCUGCGCAGUUUCAUUUUUUUUUCACGCCACUAUUUCCAAUCAUUCUCAUUUCCUUCGUGUGUAAGAUCAAGACUUUCUUCUCGCCGUCCUCUUUUUCUUCUGCUAAUAUUUUUUAUCUAUCUAUCUAUCUAUCUAUCUAUCUAUCUAUCUAUCUAUCUAUCUAUCUAUUUCAAUAUAUAUUGGUUUGGUCAUCUAUCUAUCUAUCUAUCUAUCUAUCUAUCUAUCUCACCAAUCACAAGUCUGUUACAGCCGGUGUACUCUCUCUUUAUAUACCAAUAUCUAUCUAUCUAUCUACUGAUAACUAUUUAUCUAUCUAUCUAUCUAUCUAUCUAUCUAUCUAUCUAGCAGUUUGUUUGAAUCUAUCUAUCUAUCUGUCUAACCCAUACAUACGUCGUGCGAUCUAUUAUUUCAUUUCUUUCUUUCUUUCUUUCUUUCUUUCUUUCUUUCUUUCUUUCUUUCUUUCUUUCUUUCUUUGCCCGCCAAUCUAUCUAUCUAUCUAUCUAUCUAUCUAUCUAUCUAUCUAUCUAUCUAUCUAA